AUGGGAGAAGAACUGAAGCUGUUGGUCAGAACGUCCAGUCCGUACACUCUGAGAAUAGUAUGGGCGCUGAAGUUGAAAGGGUUGGAAUACGACACCGUUUACGAAGAACAUAGUCUGGCCUACGAGAGUUCGCUGCUUUUGGAGGAGAUUAACAGUCCGAUCCACAAGAACCUUCCUGUAUUGCUCAUCCAUGGCGGAAAAUUGAUCGCCGAACCGCUCGUCAUCCUCGAAUACAUCGACGAGGUUUGGAAGCAAAAUCCAUUGCUGCCUCAGGAUCCUUACCAACGAGCCGUUGCCCGCUUCUGGGUUAAAUUUGCUGAGGAUAAGGUUUUGCCAUCCACGAAAAACGCGUUUGUGUGGGGCGAUAUGAGAGAGGAAGCCAUUGGAAAAGCGUUGGAUAAUUGGAAGCUUCUGGAAGAAGAGCUGAAGGGAAAGAGAUUCUUUGGAGGGGAAAGCGUUGGGAUUGUGGACAUCGUGGUUGGGUGGAUUGCAUUCUCGCUCACUGCAAUGGAGGAGAUGGUUGGACCUCGCCUGGUCACGCAAGAAAGGUUUCCCCUUUUGUCCAAAUGGAUAGCCGAAUUCUCUUCUGCUCCAAUCAUCAGUGAAAAUUGGCCUUCUGUGGACCAAAUUCGUCGUCGUUUCUAUGAGUCUCACCCACUGCCCCAGACUCAACCCCAAGCUGAGUUUCAUGACUACAAUUAUGAACAUGCACGAUUUGAAGCAUAUAAAUAAGAACUUGAAACGUGGCACCAUCUGAUUGUGCCACGUACUUGGAUUGUAAAAGAUAGUGAAACUUAGCUGCCCUAGAAUAAGAGGGCACACACG